AUGGGUUAUGGAUCCAAGCCAAAUAAGCCUGGAUAUGGAGCACAACCUUCCUAUGGUGGACUUGGAGCAGGGAUGAGAAUGUCACCUCAACUGGCCAACACAGGAAGAGCAGGUGGAGGAUACAAGGACGGAGCAAAAGCUACUAAAACCGGGUAUGGUGGUGGAAAAUUGGUACAGAGUGGCCAACCAGCCAAGCCUAAUGGCUAUGGUCCAGGCAUCGGUGGUCAGAACGGACAGGGAGCAAAACCCGCAGGGUAUGGGGGAUAUCCCAACGGAGGUGGAUUUAAGGGGCUGAAACCAGCUUACAGCAGUUUGCCUACAGGGUACCGACAAAGACCCAAUGGGUAUGGAGGUUAUCCCAAUGGGGGUGCUAAACCACCUAAACCAGGUUAUGGUGUUCCUGCUGGUGUCCUGAACAUUAAAGCUGGAAAUGGUCAUAUAACCAAUGGAAAUGAAAAAGGACCCAAAGGGAAAAGCCUUGGCUCCGAAGUCCACGGUCUUCCACUAGUGUCAGGGUACAACAAAGGAGUUGUCCAGCCUGCUGAACCUGAGCCUACUGUUGGAGUCCCUACCGCAUUGCAACCAACCAAUGGAAAUCCAUUCCAAAGAUGGAAAGGCCCAAAACCUCAUGUUCCCCAAGGCUACCCUUCUAAUCCAAUAAUGCCUGAGCAGGUUCCAGUGAUUCCACAGAAUAAAGCACCAAAACCUGCACAAUAUAUCGGACAAGGACAAGUUCCCAUCCAAGAGCUUAGCCUCAUUCCUCAGGUUAAAGGCCCAAAGCCAUUUGGCCAAUUAGGUCAAGAAAUUCUUCAAGGAAAUCCUCAGACACCAAUUAAUCCAGCUUUACUUCCAAUUGUUCAACAAGAGAAAACCCCAAAGCCAAUUGCCCAAGUUCCGCAGCCUGUUGCACCAGCAUAUCCACAAAAUAAUGGACCAAAGCCAGUUGCUGUACAACCAGCUGUUCCACAAGCUAAUGCUCCAAAACCGACUGCUCCAGUGCAGCUUCCAGUGAUCACUCAAGCCAAAGGCCCCAAACCUGUUGCUCCAUUUUCGGAGAUUCUACAAACAAAAGGUCCUAAACCUGUAGCACCAGAACCAGUAGCACCACAAACAGUGGUUCCUUCACUUGCCCUUGAACCAACCCCUGCUAUGCCUCAGAUGAAGGGUCCAAAUGUUGCAAAUCCUGAUUGUGGACUUGGCGUAUCUGGACAGUGGACUAAGCUGCCCAGUCCUGGAUAUGGACCUGUACCAUGGAUCUCAAACAAUGAAGGAGCAAAGGCAUCCAAACCAGGCCCUAAACAUGGCUCUCAAUCCAAACAGCCAGGCUAUGUUAAUCCAGGAGCAGGAUACGGAUAUGGCAAUGGCGGAGCAGGACAGCUGCUGUAUAACGGUGCCCCCAUCAUCCCCGCUCGACUAGAUGGAAGCAGUCCUAUUGAAGCGCAGACGGCUGAACUUGGACCUGAGGUGAAAUCUGGAUUUGCUUAUGGUGGGCCGUAUGGAGCUCAGUCGAUCGGAUUAGGUUCUGAGGGAAAGCCUCAAGUCAGAUUUGGUAUUGGUGGCCUUCUGUUUGGUGGCUCGCCCACGGGAUACGGCUCCAAUCCAUAUGGAAAAUACGGUAAUCCCUACGCUGCACAGCCUUACGCUUCCAAAGCGGCCGGAAACUUCAACCCGUUCGGAUAUAACGCCAGUCCCAAAUCUUCUGCACAAUACAAGACGGAAGGCUCUCUGUAUACUGCAGGUGCUACUGGCGCUAAAGCCUCAGGAAAAUAUGGACCUUAUGGUGGCCAGCUUGGUUUGCCUGCUGGGAAUUUUGGGAUAUAUGGUCAGAAUGUAGGACCAUAUGCCCCAGAGCCCCUUAGUCUCAGUGGUGAUGCUAAAUCAUCUGGAAAAUAUGGAAGUCCAUCACUUCCUUUUGAAACUUUGGGUCCAGUCACUGACGGACAGUCCAUCGAUCAGCCCGCACUGCAGUAUGAAGCACCUGCUAUCGAUGGGGUGAAGUCUGUCGAUCAGUUCGGAGAUGGAGAGGUGCAACCCCAGCCUAUUGCUUCUUUGCUAGAUGGAGUUGGAGCAGAACCCGCCUCUUACGUCAAGGGAGCAGUCCGAGCUGAAGCCGUCUCCUUGCCCGCUGUCCCCACUGACAACCCCUUCACUGGAUCAGCAGUGUCCUUAGGAAACCCCGCCCACUCUCCAGUGGACACGCCCACUGCAGCUGUAACACAACAACACGUUUCCGCUCAGCAAAACCUCAAAGGCCCACAGGCCCAGUUCUGGACAGGAGGCAAGGAGCUGAAACACAACCUGAAGGGAUUCUUUGGCAACUGAUAUCAUAGUUGAUCCUGAAAAACAUAAAUGAAGAAAAAAUGUGUGACAUGUUGAUUUUUGUAAAUUCAUUAUCAUCCUAACCUAUAUUUCCCUUUUCCCCCAACAUACAGAUCAAACUAAACAUUUAUGUUAAAAAAUAAUAAUAUAAAUGUCUCUUGAAAUUAGUGAUAUUGCAGAAUUUUAUGUAAAAAAAAAAAAAAAUCAUAUAAAAAGAAUUAAAUAUAAUCUAAAAGAAAAAUUUUGUUCUUGUACUUCUUAAAAAAAUUCAAAUAAACAGCUGAUGAUUUCUACCCCAUACAGUAUUCAAUAAACAUAAAUGUUUUUUUAAUCCCUUAUAGUUUCUUUCUGCUUUUUAAACCUUUCUCUCUUUUCGAAUGUGCAUGUUUACCUGAUUGGCAUGUAUUAUUUUGUAACUAAGCACAGGAUAAUUAAUUGUACUGAUUUCUUUCUGUGACGAGGAGCUGUCUGAUAUUUAUAAACUUCAGUUUUUAAUAAAAAGAAUAAGAAAAA